GCACGCUGGACUCCGGCAGGCUCGGCUCAAGAGACUCCUUCCUUCCCACGCGGUUGCUGAGGACUUGGCGGUGCUAGGAGUUUUAACUGAUCUAGCCAGCUGGCAACCAUGAGUGAAUGGAUGAAGAAAGGCCCCUUAGAAUGGCAAGAUUACACUUACAAAGAAGUCAGAGUGGCAGCCAGUGAGAAGGAGUAUAAAGGAUGGGUUUUAACCAUAGACCCAGUCUCUGCCAAUAUUGUCCUUGUGAACUUCCUUGAAGAUGGCAGCAUGUCUGUGACCGGAAUUAUGGGACAUGCUGUGCAGACUGUUGAAAUUGUGAAUGAAGGGGACCAUAGCGUGAGAGAGAAGCUGAUGCAUUUGUUCAUGUCUGGAGACUGUAAGGCGUACAGCCCUGAGGAUCUGGAAAAGAGAAAGAACAGCCUGAAGAAAUGGCUGGAGAAGAACCACAUCCCCAUCACUGAAGAGGGAGAUUCACGAAGGACUCUGUGUGUGGCUGGGGUCUUGACUAUAGAUCCACCAUAUGGUCCAGAAAAUUGCAACAGUUCUAAUGAAAUUAUUUUGUCCCGUGUUCAGGAUCUUAUUCAAGGACACCUUGCAGCUUCCCAGUGAGAGGCCAAGAGCUAUGGAUGCACUGAUUGAAAUAAGACUUCAUUUUGUGAAAAUUCUUUGUUGUUUUUGGUAAAAUCAAAAGAUGGGGACUAUCAGUGCUAAUAAGUGAACUGGGCAAGGAUGACAUCACAAACAAAUAAAAUUAACAUAGGGACAUCAGAAUUAUAAGAGCUUUUUUUUUUUUUUUUUAGAGCCUUUCCUUUUGAUGGGGAUACACCUCCAUUUCUGUUAGGCAAGAAAUGUAUGUGAAAAAGAUGCAACAUGUUAGAUUCAAUAUAAAAUGCUAAGGUAAAAUCACAGUCUUGUUACAUCCCUUGCACUAACUAGAUGUGUCUGUUUUAAAACGUUUAAAAAUUUUUUUGGUGUAAUGAUAUAAUAGCUUUUGAAUCAGAA